CUCCUCUUCUCCUCUAGCACAACCGCUACAACCAAUCCCCGUUAAUAAUCAGAAAACCAGGUGCUUUUCACAAACUCGCCUUUUCCCCGUUCUCUCCCUCCACACCACACUGCUCAGGAUCCAUUUCCCGUUCCUUGGAGUGGCAAUCCCCGUAAAUAACCCGAUCACCCGUGGCAUUUUCGAAACACCCUCUCUCUCUUUCUCUGUAAUCUUCAGAUCAGAAGCUUUGGGAAUUCUUUAAUGGGGAAUACAAACGGGAGAGAAGAGGGAGAGAACGGGGGCGGCGAAUAUCCUCCCAGAAGAUCCGACGGCGGAGAUUUCCUGGAGAAUUCCGGUUGCCGGGUCCGUGUGCCGUCUUUGGAUGCAAUGGGGAACAACACCCCUCCAGAGAGCCCUGGGAGGUCUCAAUCCCCGCUCUUGUUCGCUCCGCAGGUACCUGUAGCUCCCUUGCAGAGAGCUGCAGACAUUCCUCCAGUUUUCAAUCAACCAUUUAUCAAUGACUCACACGGACCGUUGGAUCUUCCCCCUGAGCAAGGAAUACCCACCAUGAUCACAUGGAACUAUGGUGGCAAGGAUGUUGCGGUAGAAGGUUCAUGGGACAAUUGGACAUCAAGGAAGACCUUGCAGAGGUCAGGUAAAGAUCAGUCCAUUCUGUUGGUACUCCCAUCUGGUAUCUACCAGUACAAGUUCAUUGUGGAUGGCGAAUGGAGAUACAUUCCUGAUCUUCCUUGUGUAGCUGAUGAGAUGGGUCGCAUUACUAACCUCCUUGACGUGCAUGACUAUGUGCCAGAAAACCUCGAGAGCGUCGUGGAGUUUGAGCAUCCGCCAUCACCAGACUCAAGCUACGGCCAGCCCUUCCCAGUGGACGGGGACUUCUCAAAGGAGCCACUGGCUGUUCCGUCUCAACUGCACCUCACAAUCCUUGGAAUGCAAAACCCUACAGAAGCUGCUUCUUCGUUGAAGCCCCAGCAUGUUGUUCUCAACCACUUAUAUAUAGAGAAAGGAUGGGCUCCUCAGUCUCUGGUUGCGCUCGGCUUGACCCACAGAUUCCAGUCCAAAUACGUAACUGUUGUACUCUACAAGCCUCUGAGAAGGUAAGAAAAAGAAAAACUGGCCCCCCACCCUCUCCUCUGUAAAGGAUUUCAGUGAUGACUUUGGGGAAUUUUGACAAGUUCCUUAUAACACAGACCACCUUCUUCUGAUUAAGAGUUAUUUUUGGACCUACUUUCAGGUAGCGGUCCACAUGGGCCAAAGCGACUCAUGUGCGUUAGCUGGGCCCACAGAGAUUCCUCCCUGGCUAAAAAAAUCAGACUUGUCUACUCAUCAGGUAGGCCCAUGUCCACAAAAGAAUGGGGUGGAUAAACAAAUCAAUCAAUGUCCCAUGUUGAUCAUGUAUGUUGCCUGCCAGAUGGGUGGCCCAGCCUGAUCUUUGGGUUGGGGAUUCUAGAUGGCCAGGCUCACCUGGUGAGCUGCUUGUCCUCGCAUCUGUGUGCCACAUAGUCAUGGGUUGCCAGGAACCUGUUUGCGUUUUCUUCGAUCGUCUUGUAGUCUAUGAUUCUUGGUCUUUGUCCGCCAUUUCUUUAGAUGGACGAAUUAUUUGUUUCUUUUCUUUCCAGUGUGGUGCAUGGUGAAAGAGAACGAUCCGGCAGUUUUUUCUUUUGUUUUGGAUCAUGUUCUUCAAGUGGUCCAUGCACCAAUAAUUGGACCCACUUUGUUAUCUUGGUGCAUUGAGUCUAAUGUUUUGGCAGAUAAAGGAUUGCUGUUGGUGCCUGAAACCACCUUGUGUUUUUUUGGUCCCACAUUGUUAUGGACGUUUUUAUAUAAGAGGAUUUUUUUGGUCCCACAUUGUUAUGGAUCUUUUUUAUAUGAGGAAAUAAUUUCUUUUUGGGUCA